AUGCUAAUUGCUAACAGUGAUUCCGCUGCAUUACUCUACACUAACCGCUACGAGUCCUCUUCCAGUUCCGGAGCCACCUUUCAACCAUUCACAACCAACUUUGCCAACCAAGUCAAGCUUCUAUCCCAUGUAUUACACACCAGAGCAACCAAUUUGUAUGGUAGUAUUGCACUUAAACCACUUGCACUCAUAAGAGACAAAACCAACGGCAAAAAAUGCAUUCAUGGUCUGACAGAGGUUAGGGUCAAGUCUGCCAAAGAAGCCAAAAUCCUACUGUGUCAAGGACAGCUCAAUCAAACAAUCUUUACCACUUAUGCUAACAGAAGCAGCUCUCAAAGCCAUGGGGUUUUCACCAUCAAACUGAUCCAUGUAAGGCAUACAGCCCGCAGCAUUUGGGUGCCGGAUUGGGAUUGCAAUGCGAUCCCGAUCCCGAUCCGAUACCAUUUCGAUACAAUACCAUGGGAUCGGAUCACCCUUAGCGAUCCGAUUCCUUAUUUUUCGAUACCUGGUAUCAAAAAAUCGAUCCAAUCCGAUAAAUUGGCCGAUACCGUAUCGGAUCGGAUCGGUUUCACCGUUGCUGUGACCAUCUCACAACUCUCAAUUGUUGAUUUGGCGGGCUCAGAACAGACAAGGGACAGUCAAACAACCGGACAGCAAUUGAAAGAAGCUGGGAAAAUCAACAAGUCACUCAUGUUCUUGAAACAAUGCAUGAGAACUCUAAGGAAGAACCAGGAGCAAAAAGAGAAGACUCGUAAAAUAGCAAUCAUUCCUUUCACACAGUCAAAGUUGACUGAACUCUUUCAAAGCUUUUUAACUGGAGAGGGGAAAACUAUAUUGAUUGCAAAUAUGAGUAGUUGCAAUCCUGGCUGUGAAGAAAAUUCCCAUGUGAUCAAGUUCUCUACCGUGGCAAGCAAAGUUGUCACCAUCUGA